CAAUCAAUCCACUAUCAUUUUUACAAUUCAUCCACAAGUUCAAGUUCUCUGCAGAUUUCAUUGUACAUUGAUUCAAGCCACUGACACAAGCUCCCGUCCAUAAUGCUGUGGAAAUUAACUUGUUUAGACUCUCUUCCACUGCUCGAUAUUUUAAAAGGCUGCUCAAUCUGAUAUUUAUCCGCCAGCUCAACUCACAAACUUCGAGACCCUUCAUUCACGAUUAACUGAUCAUCAUGGUUUACCACUGCCAUAGCAUAAACUCUGACGACUCUCCUACUCACAACUUAGAAACCAAAUCUAUCCCCAAGUCAAAAAAAGUAACGAGCUCGCGGAAAAAUGACGCCAAACCGACACGUACCAAUCCUGCACGAGCUCAAAAAAAGAACCAACGUGUUUCCCAUGCUAUCAAGAGGCAUGUCAAACAGCGACGACGUGAUCCUAUGCAUGUGUUUGUUGGCAAUCUUCCUAAAACAGUCGACGAAGACAGUAUCGAAGAGUACUUCAGUCGCUGUGGCGAAAUUCUCUCUGUCGAGAUUCGCUGCAGCGGUGGUCUGGCAAUGACGACUGGUCGCCCGGAUCCAGCCUAUAUUGCCCAACAUUCUGUUAGGCAGUACGCCAUGAUCACGUUGAUUGAUGCAUCAGCUGCCAAUAAAGCUUUGAAUCUCAAUGGGUCUCGUCUUCAAAUAGGUGAUGAAUCCACGGAGCUUGUGGUCACUCGCAGCCCCGCUGAUCUUCCAGAAGUGAUAGAAAAGGUGCAGCAGCGUCUUGAAGCAUACCGAGCUCGCAACGGCUUUACUGAUGCGAGGCGUGCUCGACAAAGCGCAAUGAGGGCUCUGGAUCUCCAACCCACCAUUUUAUUAGAAACUCGCAGAGAUAAACAUCCGCGCGGGAAGAUCUUUGGUUUUUCUUUCCCUUUGCCCCUCUUUUGACUCUCCCUUGUACCUUUGUUUCAAUAAUGUCCCCAUUCUUUAUUUAUGCCGUAUACCCAACAUGUCCAUACACAACGUGUACUAUGGUGGGCGGUGAGAUGCCCUGGAUGUAAGGCUUCUGGAAGCAUUGACACAUUGCAUAGUACUUAGUAAAUGAACAAGCUUAAGCUUCAAUUACCAC